GCCAGGCCGGAAGGAGGCAGCAGGAGGGCGGGCGGCAGGAGCGGGCCCGGAGCGGCAGGGUCGGAGCGGCGGCGCCGCCAUGUCCGACACCGAGAAGCUCAACUUGGACUCCAUCAUCGGGCGCCUUCUGGAAGUGCAAGGCUCACGGCCUGGGAAGAAUGUCCAGCUGACAGAGAACGAGAUCCGUGGUCUGUGUCUCAAGUCCAGGGAGAUCUUCCUGAGCCAGCCCAUUCUUCUGGAGCUGGAGGCGCCCCUCAAGAUAUGCGGUGACAUCCACCGCCAGUACUAUGACCUUCUGCGGUUGUUUGAGUACGGCGGCUUUCCUCCGGAGAGCAACUACCUCUUCCUGGGGGACUACGUGGACCGGGGCAAGCAGUCUCUGGAGACCAUCUGUCUGCUGCUGGCCUAUAAGAUCAAGUACCCCGAGAACUUUUUCCUGCUCCGUGGGAACCACGAGUGUGCCAGCAUCAACCGCAUCUACGGCUUCUAUGACGAGUGCAAGAGACGCUACAACAUCAAGCUGUGGAAAACCUUCACCGACUGCUUCAACUGCCUGCCCAUCGCGGCCAUUGUGGAUGAGAAGAUUUUCUGCUGCCAUGGAGGCCUAUCCCCAGACCUGCAAUCCAUGGAGCAGAUCCGGCGGAUCAUGCGGCCCACCGAUGUGCCUGACCAGGGCCUGCUGUGCGACCUGCUGUGGUCUGACCCCGACAAGGACGUGCAGGGCUGGGGCGAGAACGACCGCGGUGUCUCCUUUACCUUCGGGGCCGAGGUGGUGGCCAAAUUCCUGCACAAACAUGACUUGGACCUCAUUUGCCGGGCGCAUCAGGUGGUGGAAGACGGCUACGAGUUCUUUGCCAAGCGGCAGCUGGUGACACUUUUCUCAGCUCCUAACUACUGUGGCGAGUUUGACAACGCUGGUGCCAUGAUGAGUGUGGAUGAGACUCUUAUGUGCUCCUUCCAGAUCCUCAAACCCGCCGACAAGAACAAGGGGAAAUACGGGCAGUUCAGCGGCCUGAAUCCUGGAGGCCGGCCCAUCACCCCACCCCGCAAUUCUGCCAAAGCCAAGAAAUAGCCUCCCUGUGCCCACCCCUCUGCCCCCAGAUGUUGGAUUGAUUGUACAGAAGCCACGCUGCCACGAGGGGCCAGACCAGCCUCUUGGGCCCACCCAUCACGGGAACACGGAGCCUUGGUCUUUUUUCCUUUUUUUAAUGAAUCAACAGCAGUGUCUGAUCCCCAGGGUUCCCUCCUGCGUGCGCCCACAGGGGCUGCAAGCCGGAUCCUGGGGCUGAGGCUGCAGCUCAGGGCAAAGGCAGGCCAGGUUGUGGGUCUCCAGCCGUGCUGGGCCUCCGGGCUGGCAGCCGGAUCCUGGGGCAACCCUUCUGGUCUCUUGAAUAAAGGUCAAAGCUGGAUUCUU